UUUUUUUUUUUUGUAAAGUAAAUCAGACUCGGAUAUUAUUCCGCUCACCAUGCCGAAGUCAAACUUUUUUCUGUGUUUGAUGCUGCUUAUCUCGCUGGGAUUGUCAGAUAGCGACGAGCCGAGUUUACCGCAGCCGCAGGACCUACCCGUGCCGCCGCAGAGAGAGGGAUCCACGGCAGCCGACGGGCUGCUGGCGGCGGUCGAUGCCGAGGAGUCCGGUGCUCAGGAGUGCGCGGCGUGCAUGUGGAGGGAGCACAGCAAAGUGCUGAGGCUGGAGACCAUCAAGUCCCAGAUCCUGAGCAAGCUGAGGCUCAAGCAAGCGCCCAACAUCAGCCGGGAAGUGGCCAGCCAGCUGCUGCCCAAGGCCCCUCCGCUCCAGCAACUUCUGGACCACCACGACUUCCAGGGGGACGCGUCCUUGCAAGAGGACUUCAUGGAAGAGGACGAGUACCACGCCACCACCGAGACUGUCAUCACCAUGGCUUCAGAACCGGAGCCCCUUGUCCAGGUGGAGGGCAAACCCAGCUGCUGCUUCUUCAAGUUCAGCCCCAAGAUCAUGUUCACCAAGGUGCUGAAGGCGCAGCUGUGGGUGUACCUGCGGCCGCUGCAGAAGAGCUCCACGGUGUACCUGCAGAUCCUGCGGCUCAAGCCCGUCACGGAGGAGGGCACCCGGCACAUCCGGAUCCGAUCGCUGAAGAUCGAGCUGAACUCGCGCGCCGGCCACUGGCAGAGCAUCGACUUCAAGCACGUGCUGCAGAACUGGUUCAAGCAGCCACACACCAACUGGGGGAUCGACAUCAACGCCUUCGACGAGGGCGGCAAUGACCUGGCCGUCACCUCCCUGGGACCAGGGGAGGAGGGGCUGCAACCGUUCCUGGAGGUGAAGGUGACGGAGACGUCGAAGCGUUCGCGGCGCAAUCUGGGCCUGGACUGUGACGAGCACUCUCUGGAGUCCCGCUGCUGCCGCUACCCGCUCACCGUCGACUUCGAGGCGUUCGGCUGGGACUGGAUCAUCGCGCCCAAGAGAUACAAAGCCAACUACUGCUCCGGCCAGUGCGAGUACAUGUUCAUGCAGAAGUACCCCCACACCCACCUGGUGCAGCACGCCAACCCCCGCGGCUCUGCCGGGCCGUGCUGCACCCCCACCAAGAUGUCACCCAUCAACAUGCUAUACUUUAACGACAAGCAACAAAUAAUCCACGGCAAGAUCCCAGGCAUGGUGGUGGACCGCUGUGGGUGCUCGUAAACUCACACCACUCCCCAGUACCGCCCCGACCAAGAAAACAAAAUCUCUAUAAAAACCAGAAAAAACUGCAAUGUCAAAAUAUAUAACAGGACACCUUGCACUGUGCAAUAAGCAGAAAAGGAUCAAACAAAAAAAAAGUGGCUUUGAACCAGAAGAGAUCAAUUUAAUAAAAGAAAGCUUUCUAUCGAUCUUAAUUGAAGACUUCUUCCCUGCGCUGUAGAUAAAGAUAAUAUUUUGUAUUAAAACAUGAUCUCCUAUUAGGAUAGCCUCAUAUAUUCUUUCUCUGUAUUCAUGAAGGCAGUGAUUAUAGAUCGGUCCUGCAUCCCCCCCGCCCCCCCAAUGAUUUCCAGACGGAAUCUCUGGAAUUCCAAUUGAUAACCCGGAGCUGCAUCGGAGCGCACGUUCUGCCAGAGACGGCAUUCUAGAAAUUAAUGCAUUCCAAAAAACAAGGUGUUUGAUCCACUUGCAGAAACUCAUCUUCAAGGGUAAGAUCUGCAGUGAAAGCAGCUGGACCUCCACUGGACACAAUCCUCCAGCCUUGCACAGGAAGGGCUACACUCCAGCUCGGCUCAGUCUUCAGGUAAAGUCGAGCUCAAACCUGCACCCUCGGAAGCCUACAGAAGGCGCUUUCAUUCUUGUGAUGUUUCCAAAGGAUAACAAAUCUUUAGUGGGUUCUGUUAUGUGUGCCACAAUCCCAGCAGGCAAUUUAUACAAGACCUGAAAGGGAUUUGCUCAAAACCAGCCCCUCCGCAUCUUUCAGGACAGAAGGCUUGCCCCACCUCCCUUCUACAAAACAGAGCACAGUAUGAAUUUUGUUUUUGCGUAUAUCUGUACAUGUUCAUUUUAUAUAUAUAUAUAUAGAUACACAUUUUAGAAUACGUUUUUUGUUCUUGAAGGCUGAAGGAUGAUAGAUUGGGGUCCCUCUUUCUCUCACUGCCGUGUCUAACUGGACAGGACCAGCAGGCUCAGCAAACAGCGAUGAAUCAUCGAACUAUAGGGGCUGAUCAGGAGCCUGCCUGGCUGAAUCUGUUAGCUUGUGCUGUCUGUCUAGUGCUGGGCAAACGUUCCUGCAAUGGAAACAUCUGUUUAUUGUGGCACGGCCACUAUCUUGGCAGCACGCCCAGCUGGUCAACACAUUUCCAGGCUGAUCUUUUUAUUAAUUUAUCGUUUGGUUGGCGACAGCACACACUCGAUCUUACACUCUGUCUUGAAAACGUGCCAGUCCCACAAACUGGGGUCUCUAAGUCAAACCCCAGACACCGUCCCUCAACCCCAAGAUCCUUCCAGUUUCCAGAAACCGCUCGUCUCGCCUCGCCUCGCUCCCAUCGCUUCAUGGCUAUCGGUGGUUAUCGUUUCAUUUCAAGCCGGGCCGAUCCGUUUGCAGCGACGCUGGAUUUGCAUCGCGGGAGUGAAGCAUGUCGUGGAUACAGCCUGUCAGAACAUCCCCACUGCGAUCCAAAAACGUGCAGGACUCGAAACAAUCGCGCAAUACAUCCCUUAUAAAAAUGUCUCUCAGUAAAAGCACAGCAAAGUGUAUUGAAGCACAGUGAAAGCAUGAUAAAGCACUGGCAAGCAUUGCAAAGUACGAUAAAGCAUAUUUAAAGGCUCCGAGACCCCUGAACAGAAGCACUACGCUGUUGGACAAAGGAAGAAAAACGAGGGGCGCAAGGAAAGGAACUUUCUUUAUAAAAUACAAACCCUCAGCAGGCUUGUCUACCUGACCAACGAUAAAUUUUGCACUAUGGGUCGUCAUUCACAAGAGAGGAUUUUGGGUUUGUUUUGGGGUUUGUUUCGUUUUUUUUUUUGUUUGAGCACAAGAAGAGCUCACCAACAGAUUCUAUAACUUUAUAAGCUUGGUGUCUCAGCUUCCGAUAUCACUCAAGCAGUGUGAAAAUAGCAGUGAGAGUCCCUCUAUAUUUUACUGUCAUUAUCUUCAGAUGUUUUGUUUUUAUUUGUUAUAUAAAAUGGAUAUUUGCUUUUCCCCCCUCCCCUCCCCACCCCACACCCCUUUCUCUAAUUCCUGGAGAAACUGAGCGCGUCCAUGAAUUAAAACAGCAUAAUCUACUGCAUCAAUGUGCAUCAACCGAUAUCCUUUGGUGCCUGAGAGAGUAAUGACCAUCUGCUUCUCUGGAGAGAGAAAGAAAAACUAAACACACAACUCUUUUUGUGAAUUGUGUGGUGGAGAGAUUUUUUUUUCUUUAUUUUGCUGGUUGGUUAAUGUUCUCUUCUGAAUUGCUGAAAAUCUGUCCCAUGCACGCACACACACAGGCACACACGCACACACACAGACACGCA